UUUCAAGAUGGCGGCGCCCCACUCCACGAUGAAAUUCUGGAAACCCGGAGCUGAUGCUCCGGGUGUUUCGGAGGAGCGGGAGCUAACGACAGAGACCACUGGCUCCCCAGUUAUUUACAACCCUCACACUGCGCUGUCUAUUGAGAAGCAGCGGCAGAAACUUCCCGUUUUUAAGCACAGAAACAAUAUCCUCUACCUUGUGGAGAACUACCAGACAGUGAUAAUUGUUGGGGAGACGGGAUGUGGGAAAAGCACACAAAUACCUCAGUACCUCUUAGAGGCAGGUUGGGCCGCAGAGGGAAAGGUCAUAGGUGUGACUCAGCCUCGAAGAGUGGCAGCUACAUCAGUGGCCAACCGUGUGGCAGAGGAACGCGGGGCACUGCUCGGACACGAGGUUGGCUACACCAUCAGGUUUGAUGACUGCUCUGACCCCCAUGCCACCAGAAUAAAGUUUCUCACAGAUGGAAUGUUGGUGAGGGAGAUGAUGGCUGAUCCUCUGUUGAAGAAAUACAGUGUCCUCAUGUUGGAUGAGGCUCACGAAAGGACUCUGUACACAGACAUCGCCAUCGGACUCUUGAAAAAGAUCCAGAAGAAGAGGAGGGACUUGCGACUGAUCGUCGCAUCUGCUACCCUGGAUGCCAAGAAAUUUCAGGAGUUCUUCAAUCUGAAUGAGUCUGGAGACCCCAACAAAGAUACCUGUGGCAUUCUUACAGUCGAAGGCCGAACCUUCCCUGUGGAUGUCUUUUAUACUGUCAGUCCUGUCCCUGAUUAUGUGAAGGCCACAGUGGAGACAGUGCUGAAGAUCCACGAGACUGAGGAAGAUGGAGAUGUGCUGGCAUUUCUCACCGGACAGGAGGAAGUGGAGAAGGUGGUGUCCCUGCUGCAGGAGCAGGCCCGGACGCUCUCUCGCUACGGCAUGAAGAAGCACCUCCGGGUGAUGCCCAUGUAUGCCGGCCUCCCAUACGCGGAGCAGAUGAAAGUGUUUGAAAGGAUGCCCCCUUCAGUGCGGAAGGUGGUGGUGGCAACUAACAUCGCUGAGACCUCCAUCACCAUCAAUGGGAUUAUGUUUGUCAUUGAUUGUGCGUUUGUCAAGCUGAGAGCCUACAAUCCCCAGACAGCUAUCGAGUCACUCGUGGUGACCCCCAUCUCUAAGGCUUCGGCCGCCCAAAGGGCUGGUCGGGGGGGACGGAACCGCCCAGGGAAAUGCUUCCGGCUUUACACCGAGGAGGACUAUGAGAAGCUGCCCCCCUCUACAGUGCCUGAGAUGCAGCGCACUAACCUGGCGCCGGUCAUCCUGCAGCUGAAGGCUCUGGGGAUCGACAACGUGCUGCGCUUCAGCUUCCUGUCGCCCCCUCCUGCUCAGUCCAUGGUCCAGGCUCUGGAGCUCCUCUAUGCACUCGGAGGUCUGGACCAGUAUGGCCGGCUGACUGACCCUAUGGGUGUACGCAUGGCGGAGUUCCCCUUGAGCCCCAUGUUUGCCAAGAUGCUGCUUGAGUCGGGCAACUUCGGCUGCUCCAAGGAGAUCGUCACCAUAGCGGCCAUGAUGCAGAUCCAAAACAUCUUUGUGGUGCAUCCCAAUCAGAAGAAAGCAGCAGCCAGGGAACACAGGAAGUUUGCAGUAGCUGAAGGUGACCAUCUUACUAUGCUCAACGUCUAUGAAGCCUUUAUCAAGCACCAGAAGAGUUCCCAGUGGUGCCAGGAUCACUUCCUCAACUACAAGGGCCUGAUACGGGCUGUGACCGUCCGGGAGCAGCUCAGGCGACUCAUGAACAAGUUCAAGGUGCCACGAACCUCCAGUGAAGGUGACCCGGAUGUGAUCCUCAGGUGCAUUGUUUCAGGAUUCUUUGCCAACGCUGCCCGCUUGCACCAUUCUGGAUCAUACAGGACCCUGCGGGAUGACCGGGAGCUGCACAUCCACCCCAACUCUGUCCUCUUUGGGGAGAAGCCCCCCAAAUGGGUUGUGUUUAAUGAGGUGGUGCAGACCUCUAAGUACUACAUGCGGGACGUGACUGCUGUGGAGUCUGCUUGGCUGGUGGAGCUGGCCCCUCAUUUCUACAAGCAGGCCAAGCACGGUUCACUGGGAAGCAAGAGAGCUAAGGUCUUCUGAGCAGACGGGCCAUCCCUGCUGCCCCCACACACUCACCACAUCAGGUGCUAGCCCACUCCUAAGAGAGUUUAUGGGUCUUGGGCAGAAGAAGCUCCACACACACACACGCACACACAUACAAGUACACACACACACACACACACACACACACACACACACACACACACACACACACACACACACACACACACACACACAGAUGAAAGAAGAAAGCUGUGUGUAGGUGCAGCAGGCCAAAUCCUCUGAAGUCCCUCCGAAAGACACUGUGUUCCCCCAACCUCGUGUAAAUAGAGAUGUGUGAAAUAUAUGAUCUAUUUAUUGCAUCAUUCCCACUCUUCUGAGCCCCCCUGUCCCCACUCAUAUGAGUAUAUGAGUAUACACCGUAAGUAGAGCAGGCUUAAGUCCAGGGAUUUGAGGUUAUAAGCCAUAUGCCCCUGGCCAUGAGCAUCUUUUAAACUUUAUUUUUUUAAUAAUGGCUUUUUUAUUCCGUUCUGGCAUGGCUUGAUAGUUGAGGACCGAUGGUAAGGGAAUUACAAGAACUGUGAAUUUAUUUUUUAUGUUUACUUCCAUCCUCUAGCAUGAGGCAGUGUGAGUGAGAGGUCAGUGACGACAAAGACAGAUAGAGACACAGAGAUGGAGAGAGUGCUGACGAAAGAAUGAGAAUGGCAGGUACGUGACUCGACAGUGAAUGUACCAUGCAUAUAUACCUCCCAGUAAAUGGGGGGAGGGAGUCAUUGUAGUAAUGACCAAAAUUCUCCCCAAUCUACCACUGUGUUUUACCGUAUUCAGUGGCCUUUUUGUAACCAUUGUGUGCCAAAUUAUUUAAUUGUAUUUGACAUUUCAUGGUACAUGUUACCAUGGCACAUGAAAUGGACAAAUAAAUUGUAGUUACAAUUGCACAAGAAGCAAUCAAAAGGAAAGUGCCAGUUUUUUAAAGCGUGCUUAAAAAUGAGCAUUUAGAUCUGUGGAAUGCCUCAAUACUGUUAAUUUGAACAUCUUUCUGAUAUGUUUUUCUGUCAUGCAUUUAGUCCGUUCCCAAUGUCGUGACCUUUUUUUACUAAAAAGUUUUAUUUUUGUUCAAGACCAACCCAUGCGUUAAUAUCUCACCUAUAGUUCCUCUUUUCUACUCGUUUCAAAGUUUUUUUCCCUUCUUUUUCAUUUUUAACAGUUCCCUUCAUCACGAUGGACACUCCCUUUUUCCUUUGUUCUUUUGGCCCUGGCGAAACUCGAUUCUCGGAAACCAUAUGUUUUUUAGGGAGGAGUGAGCCAAAUCAAAUGGUUCUGAUUUUCUUUUUCUUUUUUUUUGUAUUUUUUUAGCUCCAAUAAAACCUGCUUUCAUUUCA